AUGAAUGAUAAAAGAAGAAGAAUGGCUGUAAAAUCGUGGCCACUGUGGCUGCUGCUGGUGGGAAGCGUGUUCCUGCAGGUCUCCGGCCAGCACUGGUCGUUCGGGCUGAGUCCAGGAGGGAAGAGGGAUUUGGACAGCAUUUCGGACACUCUGAACAACAUGGUUGAGGGGUUCCCACACAUGGGUGCACCCCGCCCUCUCCUGGGUUGUGUAGACGAGUCCCCUUUUGCCAAAAUCUACAGAAUUAAAGGGCUGCUGAACAGUGUAACUGACAGGGAAAGUGGACAUCGCAUAUACAAAAAAUUGCAGGCAAAGAUCACAGAGGAGAAUUUAAAUGAUCGUGCACCUGCACUGCAACAGGGUGGACUUCAGCUGCUUCUGGAAAUUGUUGUUGAGGAAGCCGUAGAUGAUGGGGUUGACGCAGGUGGAGGCCAUGGCCGUGAGGUGGCAGAACGAGAAGAUGAUGUUGUGGUCGCAAAGCGGGAUCGCGUUGUGAUCCCAGUCAAAGACGGUGUUGAAGACAUUCAGAGGGAACCACGAGAGGGCCACUGCCACCACGAUGGAGACCAACAUGAUGUUGAUCCUGGUGGAGCUCUUGUUCUUCUUCUGAGUGGCGUUCCUGCCACGCUCCACCAUAUCCUUCCGCCUCCUGAGGCGCAGGUAGACGUGCAGGUAGCAAACGGCGAUGAGGGCCAGGGGGAGGAGGUACUGGAAGACCAGCAGGGAGGUGGUGUAAGCCCGCCGAAGCUGUACGGACGGCCACAUCUCCAUACAAACAAGGUUGUCACUGACGGGGAUACUCAGGUUCUGGAAAGGCAAGAUGACAGCAACCGCCACAUAGGAGUGCCUUACCAGAGGUUUCCAUCCGGUCGGGUGGACAAUGAGCUGGUAUCGCUCCAUGGCAAUGAGGACCAGAGAAAGCAUGGAAACGCUAACCGAUAUGCACUGGAUGAAGGGCGUGAGCUUACACAAAGUUUCUCCAAGGAUCCAGCGGUCCAUGAGUGUGUAGAUGAUAGUCACUGGCAGGCAUAUGAUGCACAUCAGAAUGUCCGAGCAGGACAGGUUGGUGAUGAGGAUGUUGGUGACAUUGUGCAUCUCCUUGUGCCGCGUGAUGACGAACACCAGGCAGGAGUUCCCCACCAGGCCCACCGCCAUCACCGUGCUGUACGCAAUUAUCAGGAAAGUGGUCCCACUGACGGAGAGCGAGCAGUCCUCAGUGGAGUCCCACUGAGGACCGCUCGCUUGGUCGUGAUUGGCGCUGUGCUGCAGUUCCAUGGCAACUUUCGUGGGGCUGGAGAAUGA